UAAAAUCGCGCGGUCGCAAGAGUGUUAUCUCCUGAAAUAUUCAUUUUAUACCUAGUCAGCCAGCGAAAAAUGUCGAGAAGGGGGCUUGUCUGUGGCGUGUUGUUUGCAGAAAUGUGAGAAUCAGUGUCGAGUUUCUCCCAAAAGACAGUGUUGAAUCCGGGAAGCGGUAGCGCAACCGGUGGUCGCUGCGCAGUUCGGUGUAGGAAGAAGAACCUUGUGGACAGGGAGACGACUUUGCUCCUAAAUCGCGGGAAUUUGGAUACAAAACAUUGACGUGAAGUUCCCCCAUCCAAACAAAAGCAAUUGAAAAACAUAAACAGCUGCCGGCGAUCGUGACUCGAUGCCGAGCUCAACUGUCAUUCGCCAAGUCGGAAUUGUGUCUCAGCUAAAUGCCAAGCACGCCGGCAGUGACCUUGUCCCAAGCCAGCGAAAGUGAGUUUGAAAAGACGCCGCGGGAUCGAGUACCGGAAAAUUUACUAUCGCAACUGUCAACUCGCAACAAUAGUCCCGACGGCCGAUGUUUCCGCGUGAACCGGAAUUGUUCGGCCAAGUUUCUGCCGACGACCUAACUUGCAACAUUUGUCAGUCGAUUUUCGUGGAGCCUGUGCUGCUGCCGUGCGGACAUGGAUUCUGCCUGAGCUGCUUCAACGGCGUCCUGCGGUUCAACGCGCUGACCUGUCCUUGCUGCCGAAAGCGAUUCGGGACUUGGCUGCGGAAGGCGAACAAGGGCCAGACGCUCGUCGACCAGGCUCUCUGGCGAUUCAUCCAGACCAACUUCGCGGAGGAACUCGGGAAGGAGAACCUGCAACCGCGGUCCGGAGAUCGAGCGGACUGCAGUGCACCCGAAGCGGAGACCCAGUCCCGGUGCAUCGAUGCACCUGGCGCACCAGCCGAUGCAACAACCUCAUCCAGCCCAACUGGAACGGCUGCCACUGCAGCGGCGCGGACAGCAGGGUUUCGGAGCAUCAAACCACAGUUGAGUCAACCUGGCGAAAUCCGUAAGGAAUAUGAAACUCAACUAGAUGUCUUCCGAAAAGAAUUGGAAAUUGAACGGCAAAAUGAGCUAAAAGCAACUUCUGCUUAUAUAGCGAAGAUAAUCGCAGAAGAACUAAAUACAUUACAACCUACUCCAAAUCCCGGAAAUCUACCUGAAACAUCGAGCGAAACUAUGCUAGUCGCGAAUCCCGGUCAUUCCUCAUAUGCCCUAAGUUCCACAAAAAAAUCCAAUAAUUUAUCCAGCAUACAAGCAGAAUCAAAAAAGAAUGUAAUUGGAGCCGCAUCUUCAACCUCAAUUUCGAAUUCAGGAGCAAGUUCGUUUCAUCAAAAUAACGGAGAGGUCGCCAGUACGCAAUCGGCAGCGCCAUCAACAGCUACAUUCCUAGCGCAAUCAACAAAAAGCAACUUAAUUAAAACGUUAGCCGUUCGACUUAACCGAGGGACAGAUAUUCUUAAGCAAUCCGUACAUAAGGCGAUAAUCGCGAAAAUCCCGCAAAAUUUCUUGACUAGGCCAAGGAACCGUGAAGUUUUAACCGUCCCUCCUACGAAUACUCACCGCUUUCCUAGCAGAGACGCGAAUAGUGCUGACAGUCUUAGAUUAGAGAUGUGCCAUUUCAAACCAAUAAGGACGGUGCCAACAACACCUAACAAGCAAAAUAAUAAGGAAAUUCUACUUACGCCGAAGGCGAAGCGCGCCUUGGAGUCAAGAUUCGAUGAUUGUGAACGGCGCUCGACCGAUGUGAAACCUAGUUUAUUGCAACAACUUCUUUUGCAAAGCCCACGCAAGUCUGCGUUUUGUGUAGUUGGUGCUGCCACAACUUUGCAAAGUUCUAGCGGCAUUUGCUUACUUCGGUCCUCGCGCUUUUCCAAUCGGCAGAAUAGAAACUUCCAUGUGAUUUCAGAAAGCCUUAAAUCUGAAAUUAUUCGCAGAAAUCCCGUAGUCCUCUUGAAACGUGUCGAAUUAAGUAUUUCUAAAGCCAAAAAAUCACAAAGAACAAAGUCGAAACAAUCAAAACUCGAAAGAAACUCAGAUGUAGGGAGUAGCAGGCGUAGUGAUGUCUUUAGAAAAAGCAAAACUCAAUAUAGAUACCGCAACCAUCGAAUCGACAAUAGCAAUGUAGUUAAUUUGGAGGCACUGGAGAAACUGAUCAGUGAGCAAAAGCGCUGUGAGGAAUUGAUUGAACAGGAAAGGCGAGAUUUUGAGUUAGCCAAGAAACUACAAGCGGAACUAGACGUGCAUUCCCAACGAUCCCCCGAUCGCACAAAUUCUCAGAAAAGGAAACGUGAAUCGAUGAAUGGAAAGCUAAAAUCGGAGUGCCCCAACCAGAAUGGGAGUACGGAAGCGGGCCCUUCAGCGUCGGCUAAGCGCUGUCGACGAACUUGCGGCCGAACAGUAACAUUUAGGGAGGUUGACGGGACGGGAAAAACCCAACACAAAAAGUCCAGUGCAGUGGACGUAGACAAAACUUGUACUACUUCUAAUCUAAGACGAUCAACACGGCGAAUUAAGCCAACCAGAAGAUAUUUCCAAUAAAGUACAGCGUCCGAUUAUCUCUCUCAACUUUGAAUUGGAGGCAUGAAUAGGCUCCGGCAGUACGCCAUUAAGUUUAUGGUUUACGGCAAAGAAACAAAAGAUGAUGUUAUUCAUUUGAAACUCUGGAUUCGUUUAUUUGUUUAAAGGAUUUUUGAGAGUGAGAAGCGUUAUUUCCCUUCUUUAAUUUCAAUAUGCCAAAUUUAAUUUCCGUAUUGACACAUUUACCACGCGUUAGCCAACACAGCCAAUACAACAAUCAGCUAACUUAUGGCUAGCGUACUGUUGGGAACCCUCCUAAAGAUGGCACAGCAUCGACCGUUGCCUACGUUGUGAAUUUUUGUGAUAUAAUCGACUAUCUUAGUUCAGUGAGUUCUACAGAAAUUAUCAGAACUAAAACGGAAGCGUCUGUGUCCCUUCAUGACUAGAUUGGACCCAAAGAAGCUUUGAUUUUGUUCAGGCGGAAGGUUUUCUUUUAAACGGGCAGCCCUCGAUUGGUCUACAUCACGUCAAUCCAACAAUAACAAACAGCCAAUUACUCUACAGAGAUAUUAUAAGAGUGUGAUAUUGUCAAGAUUGAUAUCUUUCUCAUGUUUUAGUUUGUAGUAACACUUUGUGACUUACGUUCCUUUGAAUUUUUUAGGAUUUAUAUUUAUUGAUUGUAAGCCUUUGAGAUUCGAUCAAUGGCAGCUGGGGCAAUGACGCCUUGACAUUUCAAGGAAACAUGGUGGAAUCUAGAACAUUUAAAUAUAUUAACCAAUAUAUGAAAGAAACAACAUUCCUCUAAGCACAGUAAUUAUUGUGAAUUGAAACGUAGUGGUGUAUCGAUAAUAUACAUUUGGUUUUUUAUCCUAUUCGAGUUAUUUUUGGUGUCACACGAUACGUGUCUAAUGCUCAUCGGUUUUGUGAGUGUACAGUCAAAAGAAUUUUUUAAACGUAAUCAGAAUUGGAAAGCUACAUCAGACACGAUAAGUUUUCGUUUCUAAGUUUAGAAUAAAGAAUGAGAAAUAAAGAAUUAACUUAUCAUAUAUUUAAAUUUGAA